AGCGGGACCCUGACGCGCGUCUUCUCCCGCGGCCGCUGCCCAGAAGCGCCUCUCGCUCAAACGCUCGCCUUGGCGCCGCGGGUCCCGUCGAGCCCCAUGGCUGCGAGACGGGCGCUGGUCGUGCUGGCCCACCCGGAACCGGCCUCGUUCAACCACGCCAUGAAGGAGGCGGCCGUCGAGGCGCUGGAGCGCGCCGGCUGGAGAGUCGCCGUCUCGGACCUCUACGCCCAGCGCUUCGACCCGGUCUUGUCGCGCGCGGACUUCGCCGGCGACCCCCAGGACCCGCGCAACCUCAACUACGUGAAGGAAACCGGGCUGGCCUGGAAGGAAGGCCGCCUUAGCAGCGACAUUCUGCGGGAGAUGGAGAAGCUGGAAGCCGCUGACCUAGUCAUCUUCCAGUUCCCUCUCCAGUGGUUUGGCCUCCCGGCCAUUUUGAAAGGGUGGUUUGACCGGAUCUUCACUGAGGGCUUUGCCUACUCCUACAGCGCCAUGUAUGAUCAGGGGCCCUUCCAGAAGAAGAAGGCUGUGCUAUCCUUCACCACUGGAGGGAUGGGCUCCACGUACACCCCGGCAGGGGUCAACGGAGACAUUAACAUCCUUCUCUGGCCAAUACAGAGUGGCACCCUUCAUUUCUGUGGCUUCCAAGUCUUGGCUCCCCAGAUUGCUUUCAGCAUUGGCCAUACCCCAGAGGAUGUCCGCUCCCAAGUCCUGGAGGACUGGAAGAGAAGACUUGCAACCAUCUGGGAAGAGAAGCCCCUCAGCUUUGCCCCAGCCAGCCUCUUUGAGCUGAGCUUUGCUAAGGGCUUUGUGUUGAAGAAGGAAGUCCGGGAAGAGCAGGAAAAGGAGGCCUAUGGGCUGACUGUCGGCCAGCACCUGGGAAAGCCAUUCCCACCGGACAACCAGGUCAAAGCCCAGGGGAAGUAUCCGUCCCCUUGGGAAGCGGUGUAGGCUUGUAGUGGGUGGCCAUGACCCCCACCCCACCCUCCCUCCUAGAAAUCAGGGGGUGUAGAGAAAGGUGCAUCUCCCCAACUUGGCCUUGCCUGAGUGGCUGCCCAGCUAAGCUUGAAGACAACGCAGGAUCCUUCAAGUAGAGGGUUUUCUACAUGGCUCUAUCUCUUGUCUGGGUGCUGGACUCGGGGGGUGGGUAUGGCUGUCUUGAAGCACUGCCUGCCAAUGGGACUGCGUGCUUUUUCUCUUCUGCGUAUUUAGGAAGCUGUCAACACCUGCCUUUUAAAGUCCAGCUGUUGAGAUUAACCUGACAGGCCUGAGUGGUAGGAAGUGAUAUGUUGUCCAUCUUUU